CUCUGUUUUUUUUUUCUUUUGUUCAGUGUCUCCAAUGUAAGGAACACAAAAUUUCGAUAGAUUUCACUUCCUCUUCCACACUCAAACCUAAUGAUAACACUUUUCAAAUACUCUGCCUUCUUCCCCAUUUAUAUUUAGGGCACAUUCUUCUUUCCUCUGCAUCCCUCUCCCUCUUUUCUUCCCUAACUCUGCUUUUGCCCUGUUUCUGUUCUGUUGUGUGUGUUUGUUUUAAGGUAACAGGACUAGAAAAUGGGUGAGAUAUCUUGUCCAAAUGGGAUAAACAAUGGCAAUGGAGUCAAUGGGAAGAGCCAUACACCUUCGGGAUACAGAAAGAGCUGCUGGUAUGAGGAAGAGAUUGAAGAAAACUUGAGAUGGUCUUUUGCUCUUAAUAGUAUAUUGCAUACAGCAGCAACACAGUAUCAGGACAUUGCCCUUUUGGACACAAAACCCUUUGGAAAGGCUUUAGUCAUUGAUGGAAAGCUUCAAAGUGCAGAGGUAGACGAAUUCAUAUACCAUGAAUGUCUUGUUCAUCCACCUCUUCUUCAUCAUCCAAAUCCAAAGACUGUAUUCAUCAUGGGAGGGGGUGAAGGCUCUACUGCAAGAGAAAUUCUGAGGCACUUCAGUGUCGAAAAGUGUGUCAUGUGUGACAUCGAUGAGGAGGUUGUGGAGUUCUGCAAGUCAUACUUGGUUUCCAACAGGGAAGCAUUCUGCGAUCCCAGACUCGAGCUAGUCAUCAACGAUGCUAGAGCAGAGCUGAUCAGCAGAAAAGAGUGCUAUGAUGUGAUCAUCGGAGACCUAGCUGACCCAAUUGAGGGAGGUCCAUGUUACAAACUCUACACCAAAUCCUUCUACGAGUUCACCAUCAAGUCUAGGCUCAAUCCCUGUGGCAUAUUCGUGACACAGGCAGGACCAGCUGGAAUAUUCAGCCACACUGAAGUGUUUUCCUGCAUAUACAACACUUUACGGCAGGUUUUCAAGUACGUUGUGCCGUAUUCAGCUCACAUUCCUUCGUAUGCUGAUACUUGGGGUUGGAUCAUGGCCUCAGAUUCUCCUUUACUCCUGAGUGCUGAAGAAUUAGACCUCAGAAUGAAACAGAGGAUUGAAGGAGAGAACAGAUACCUUGAUGGGAAAACAUUUUCCUCUGCCUCUACGUUGAGCAAGGCUGUUCGAAACACGCUGGAGAAUGAGACCCAUGUGUACACAGAGGGGACAGCAAGGUUCAUAUAUGGGCACGGCAAACACAAUCAAGAAUGAUAAAAGAAUGGGAAUGAAGUCAGCCCCCCAUCUUAAGCACAGUAACAUACAAGACCGCAAAGUGGAUCAAAAUGUCUCUCCUUUUGUGUUUUUCUUUUCUUGUUGCUUGUAAGGAAUGAUAUAAUUCUAAUGAAUGUGUGUUUUUCUU